UAUGGAAUGUUUAUGUACAAAAAUUUGCCUUCAUCUGGUUUCUUUUGAAUUUUGGUCUGAGCUGAGUGUGCACCUACUACAGCAUCUAAGAGAAGAUCAUUUUAUCUUCACCAACAAAGUAAAGAAGCAACACACAGGACCAGGAUGGAUCCAGCUCGGUUGUUUCCAGUGUCCCUGCAACAUCCCAACCUCCACCAACACCUUCAGCAGCAACACUGGCAGCACCUUCAGCAACAGCAGCUGUCUCCUGUGAGCUCAGCUGCAAGGGUAAUUCCAUUUGUCCCCAAAAUAAGAGCUACAGAAUGGCAAAGAAACAGAGUAGACUGUCAUCCAGGAAAUGAGCAGCAUGCUGUGCAGCAUCUCCCAGCCCAGGUGGACCCCUUCCAAAUCCUCCUGCCAGCUGUCUACCCGCCUCCGCUCCACCUCCAGCCUUUAUCGCCUGGUGAGCCCCUGUAUAGGCCCUACUCUUCUCAACAGUCCUACUGGCUGCCCAUGCCCACCUACAGUUACAACGCCCAGCCUUACAUACAGCUGCCCUUCAGCUCCUUGCCAGAGGUCAGGUCCAGGCCCGGGCACCGCCCACCAAUUCUGUGUCCGCAGAUCGUGCUGCUCCAUCAGGCUCACUGUGCAGAUCAGGUCUACAUAAGUUCGCCCGCAGAGGUGACAACAGCAUCACAGUGGACAGAGGUGCAUGCAGGGUCAGGAGGUCAGGGGUCAAUGAGCUGUGCAAAAGAGGACCAGAAGAACAAGCCACACAAAGGCAACCCAGGCAAUGACGCCAACCCGGGCAAUGACGCCAACCCGGGCAAUGACGCCAACACGGGGAAUGACGCCAACACGGGCAAUGAAAGCAACCCAGGCAAUGAAGCCAACCCAGGCAAUGAAAGGAACCCAGGCAAUGAUGCCAACCCAGGCAAUGACGCCAACCCGGGCAAUGACGCCAACACGGGCAAUGACGCCAACACGGGGAAUGACGCCAACACGGGCAAUGAAAGCAACCCAGGCAAUGAAGCCAACCCAGGCAAUGAAAGGAACCCAGGCAAUGAUGCCAACCCAGGCAAUGACGCCAACCCGGGCAAUGACGCCAACACGGGCAAUGACGCCAACACGGGCAAUGAAAGCAACCCAGGCAAUGAAGCCAACCCAGGCAAUGAAAGGAACCCAGGCAAUGACGCCAACCCAGGCAAUGACGCCAACCCAGGCAAUGAAGCCAACCCAGGCAAUGAAAGGAACCCAGGCAAUGACGCCAACCCAGGCAAUGACGCCAACCCAGGCAAUGACGCCAACCCAGGCAAUGAAAGGAACCCAGGCAAUGACGCCAACCCAGGCAAUGAAAGGAACCCAGGCAACGACGCCAACCCAGGCAAUGAAAGCAACCCAGGCAAUGAAGCCAACACAGGCAAUGAAGGCAAGACUCCCAAAGAAAACAUCCCAGCCAGUCUUACAGAGGACUGUGAUUUUCCCGGACCUACAGCCUCUUUAGAUGAGGAAGCAGUGAACAAACAUUCCGUUGAGGAAUGUUUUAGUCUCCUAGAGUCUUUCUUUGACCAGCUGCUUCCCACUCAGGAUGAAGACCCCAGGGAGGAGGAGCAUGGAGAGGCUGGGUACCUGAACAUGGAAAACAGUUCCUUCCUGGAGUAUCUGGAUGAGCUGUGCAGAGACGAGGAGUUUGUCAGUAAGGUGGAGUCCAUUGUGAAUAUCGAAGCCCUCAUGUCUCCCCUCUCUGCCAGCCAGGACCUUGAGGAACAAGAGCAAGAGAUGAUCCUGCAGGAGGAGCUGCCUCCAUGUCCUGCAAACAGCGAUCAUUUCUACGGAGAAACACCUACGGUAUCUUCACAGUCACUCUUUUUGGAUGCUCCAGGCUCCCUCUUUGCAAGUAGCCCCAAUAGAAACGGACAAAAUUCAUCCCAGAAUGGAGUUGGGAUCAGCUGCUCCCCCCUCCUGCUCUCAAACCUUUUAGAAGAACCGCCUUCACCCAACCACAACCCUCUGGAUGCCUCCGAUGCUUUUUCUCAAGAUGACUGUUUCGCAUCGAUCCUGCACUGGUUUCCGGACUCGGAUUUUAGAAGCGAUGAUGCACUGAAUUCCAUAUUGUCCUUCUUGGGCAGGAAGGUUCAGACCACAGCUCCACCUGCUCAGUCUCCCUCUUCUCCCUCUGAUUCAGCCAGCAACUCUAGCUCCGCCUACUUUAAUCUCCCAGUUAAAAGCAACUUCUCACACUUUGAAAAGACCCAAGAACUCAACAACCCCAGAGGAGGAGAAACGAAGAGUAACAAGAAGCAGCCAGGCAUGAAUGGUGGAGAGAAAAGCGUGACUACAAACACUCUCGAACAGGAGGUUCAGGCGAGUGAGGAGAAUCAGACCAAACCCAAGACCAACAUUCUCGAAGCGCUCCGUGAGGUCCUUUCAAGAACACGCGGAAUAGAGAAAGACAAGGAGAGGAAAAAACUGCAGAAAAAACAAGGAAAGCAGUCACUUAAGAAAAAGCGGAGCCGGGAAACAAAACUAAUGAGCACUGCAGAGCAGCUUUUGGAGCCGACAAAGAAGAAACAGCUCAAGAGUCCCAACAUGGAGGACGGGAUGCAUGGUGAGCUCACUUUUAUUGUCAGACAUAAGGACAAUGCAAGAGCAUCUGGAUCGCUCCCAAACACGUGCCCUGAAAGCACAAACACCUUUGAAGGGAUUUUUCGCGACACAAUGCCCCAAGUUCAAAAAUCAACCGCGUCAAGCAACGAACCAAGCCUGGAAGCCAGCGCAGACCUCACGGUGAGCCCAGCGAAGAAACGCACUCAGGGAUGGCAGGCCACCGGGAAGAGGGGACGCUCGGGAGAUAACGCAGGGAUGGCAAUGGAGCAACUGGAGCAGAGUCCCACAAAAAAAAGCAGGAAAGGCAGCCCAAAGAGGAAAAGCGAGAGGGCGGCAAAGUCCAAAAGAAGCUAAGAGCAACAGUUUGAAAGAAAAAUAAAUGAGU